AUGACAUCGUCCGUCAAAUGGUGGCCUCUGGCCAUCCUCGCCUUGGUUAACACUGUUUCCGCUUUCGAGUUCAGAUCUUUCAACAGUUCUUCGCUUGGUGUCGAAAACAACACCGAGAUUACCAAUGACGGGAGUGUGAUCAGCACUUUCGUGAACAAUACAAACCUUGUUCAGUUGGCGCCUGGUGCCAAUGUUACCACCGCCAUUGAAGAUUUCGCUAACACCACCAUGGUCGUGAAGAACAGUAAUGGUACCCUUUACACUAACAUAACCAAGAACCCUAUUGGUACAACUGACAGCAAAAAAGGCACCGCUGAAGCCGUCGAGCCAUUUGUUCUUGGCUGGGAUGAAUACCAAACCAUCUCCGAGGGCAGCUGGUGGUCUCCAUGGUAUCCAAUUUCGGAGUGUUCUAAGGACGAUCCAAACUCUUCCGUGAACCUAAAAUGGGGCUACUCGUAUCAAUGGUCUGGUUCCACUGACGGUAGCUUUGACACCACUCUGUUCAGAAACAGUGUCACCUUUGAUUGGUCUAAAGCCGUGUCCCGCAGUGGGACCUACUCUUGUUCAACUGGUGAUGACGGUGUUGCUCAAGUUUGGUAUCAACAAGAAGUCGGCUGGGCUGAGAUUCAAAAGAGACACUGUUCGACAACUCUAGACGGUAGCACGUGCUCCUCGUGGAACACUGUUCAACACGUCGAUGCUCCACUAGAAGGUGAAGACUCUUACAGGUUGGCUUGUUCCGAAUCUAGCGGCUGUCAAUGUUAA